CGGCCGCGGAUGGGAGGCGGCACCCGGGCGGGAGAGCGACGCCGCCGCGGCCACCAUGGGGAACAAGCAGACCAUCUUCACGGAAGAGCAGCUGGACAACUACCAGGACUGCACCUUCUUCAAUAAGAAGGACAUCCUCAAGCGACUUGUGAAGAUAGAUAAGAUUUAAAAAAUGGUCUCACCACCUCUUCAGUUCAUUUAGUUGGACAUACAGGACCAGGAUCUGCAGAACAGCUCUCCUAAGCCCCAGCUGGUUGUGACCUUGGGGAAAUCAAGCCUCAGUGUGAUCAGGGAAUCAAGGUUUGUCAUGCUCCACGCGCGGUUCCAUGAGCUGGCCCCCAACCUCGUCCCGAUGGACUACAGGAAGAGCCCCAUUGUCCACGUGCCCAUGAGCCUCAUCAUCCAGAUGCCGGAGCUCCGGGAGAAUCCCUUCAAGGAAAGGAUCGUGGAGGCUUUCUCUGAAGAUGGUGAGGGGAACCUCACCUUCAAUGACUUUGUUGACAUGUUUUCUGUGCUCUGUGAGUCGGCUCCCCGUGAGCUCAAGGCCAGCUACGCCUUCAAGAUCUACGACUUCAACACAGACAACUUCAUCUGCAAGGAGGACCUGCAGCUGACGCUGGCCCGGCUCACCAAGUCGGAGCUGGACGAGGACGAGGUGGUACUGGUGUGUGACAAGGUCAUCGAGGAGGCCGAUCUCGACGGUGACGGCAAGCUGGGCUUCGCAGACUUUGAGGACAUGAUCGCCAAGGCCCCGGACUUCCUCAGCACUUUCCACAUCCGGAUCUGAGGACAGUGACCAGAAGCCGACCAUCCGGCCCGGUCCCUGCACGAGUGUGACCUCCAAGCUCCCCAGGAGUGGAGCUGUGGCCUCUGGGGUUUACACCCACGAACACUUCUUUGGCCCUUUCAGCAAAAAAUAAAAACAAAAAACCUUAACCAGGGAAGGGGGGGAUGUGAGGAGCAGGGCCCUUCCCAGUCCCCCUGUGGGCCCUCCCCAGGCCCUCCCUCUGUUCCCCCACCUUCCCUACUCCCAUCAGAAAUGGCCCCAGUGGGAGGGGGAGGAGGAACCCCUAACAGGGCUGGGGUGCUGACUUGUCCAAGUGCUGGGCAGGCACCCGGGUUGCCCAGGGCAAAUGGAAAAACAGAAAGAGGACAAGGUUUAACAAGCUAUGCAAUCUUUCUCUAGAGCCCACAGCUGGGCUGCACCCCGGGCCCGUCUGUUCCUUCUCCCCGGCCCUUCCCAGUGUGAAGCUGUGGGAACCAUGGGUGCAAGGACUCGGCCCCUGUCCAGGUCCGGAGCACCACCCCAUCCGCCCUCCCCGACGACGUGGAAUCCUCAGUGGUGCGUGCUGUCCACAGAUUUGUGAACUCCUGAUAGUAAAACACUUUCAUGUUCUCUGUG